AUGCGACCCGUAAAUGCACGUGCCUUUCUCCCAGUGGUGAUGAUCUUGCCGUGUUUGGUUGGGACGGGAUCGUGUGCAGACGAUACGUUUAACAUCGAGCUGAAGCAAAAAGACGCCGAGGUGUACCAUGAGCAGAGCAUCGGGAAAAAUGAGUUCAAUUACGGCUACCAGGUGGAGAAGACAAACAGCCAGUUCCAGCACAAAGCGAAGGGUCCAGAUGAUGUCACGUACGGUUGCUAUGGCUACAUCGAUCCUGAUGGUGAGAAGCAUUUGGUGUACUACAUCGCCGAUCGCUUGGGCUAUCGGCUUUUGGCACCGGAUCAACCGACGAAGGUCUUCACUGAGCGAGUGGCCAACAGCGUCAACAAACUGGACGCUGAUCUGCAGGGACGCAAACUGGAUGAGAAAGUCGUCGCCUGGAACGAUCUCUAUCUGCCUUCGACGUGUAGAAGGCUGAACGAGAUCAUCACCAUUACUCCACCGGAAACACCGUCCAUUCCAGAUCGCUCGAACGAUGGAGCUCUAAUUCAAGGACCUCCACAAGGAAACAAAAACAGUGUUCCGGUGGACACUAACAUCGGCAAGGGAUCCUACUCGGGAGCUCCAGCUCCAGCUCCGAUUGAAAAAGAAUCCAAGCAACCGAAGCCAGAAGUCACUAUAAGUCCAGUUAUUCCUGCGGAACCUAUCGUGAAUAAUGGAUCAGGGCUUUUCGGUGGCUCACUUGGAGAUAAUUCAACAUUCGGUUUUGGUGUCCCCUCUGAAGGGACUACCACUGCUCGAGCUGUCCAGGAAACCACCAGCACUACGUUGAGACCUUCAACUCCACAUGCCAACUAUGGACCUUUUCCAACACCAUCCCAAGAAGCAUCACCUGCUCCCAAGCAAGUCGAUCCGCUAGAUCUUCUCCCGAAAACGACGUACCUUCCACUCUCUCCAACCCCACGUCCCCCAGCCAGCCAUCCUGCCAUCCCACUAAGCCCUCCACACUCCAACUGUGACCAUCGUGGAUCAGAUUCACCAAGUGCGCAUCCUAAAUUCCCGCCACAAGUCGGGCAGUUCAAUGGAUUCGUGUUCCCGAUCAACCGGAACUGUGACGAUAGCGGUCGUAACACAGCCGAACUACUCGCCCAGAUGCAGUCCAUCAACGAGCUUGUCCUGCAGGUAAGCAGCACACUUCACUCACUGAUCGAUGCCGGUGUCGAUCGGAACGCAUCCACAAGCGCCUCCACCUGCCAGCGAGUGUUGGAGCUGCUCAACAUCCAGCAACCGGUGCCGCUGCUCGUGUACGUGCCCAUCAUGAUGCCCUACCUUGACGCACAAAAGCCCCCAAUUAACCCCGCGAGUUACGCGUUCGCCAGCGCGUGUAGCCAGUGUAAAUAA